AUGCAAACGAUCCAGGCACGAGUCACCAUCUACCCGCGGCGCGAGAUCCUAGAUCCCCAAGGCAAGGCUAUUGGCGACGCGCUGACCCGGAUCGGUUUCGACGGCGUCCGCGCGGUGCGCGCCGGCAAGAGCUUCGAGAUCGAGCUAGCGGCGGCCGACGCGGCCAGCGCCGAGGAUGGCCUGCGGCAGAUGUGCGAGAAGCUGCUCGCCAAUACGGUGGUCGAGGAUUACUCGAUCGAGCUGGUCGAUGAAGGAAGCAACUGCGAUCACGACGUCUACCACGUCCUGAAGCACGUGCUCGGGCAGGAGACCACUUUUCUGUGGCAUGGCGACGCCAACCUCGCCGGUUGCGAACUGGUGGUUCUGCCGGGCGGGUUUGCCUAUGGUGACUACCUGCGGGCUGGUGCGAUGGCGGCGGUUUCGCCGGUGAUGUCUGCGGUCCGAGAACACGCGGCCGCAGGUGGCCUGGUGUUGGGUAUCUGCAACGGCUUUCAGGUGCUGCUCGAAACCGGGCUGUUGCCGGGGGCGAUGCGCCAGAAUCAAAGCCUGCGCUUCCUCUGCCAGGAUGUCUACUUGAGGGUCGAGCGCAACGACUUGCCCUUUACCCAGGCGUUGAGCAAGGGUCAGGUGCUGCGAAUACCGAUCGCCCACGCCGAGGGCAACUACGUCGACUCGGAGGGCGCCCUCGAUACCCUCGAGGGGGCCGGGCAAGUGGUUUUUCGGUAUGUCGACGCCGCCGGUGAGAUCAACUCGGAGGCCAACCCCAACGGUUCGGCGCGGUCGAUCGCCGGGGGUUACCAACGCGGCUGGCAAUGUGCUCGGCAUGAUGCCGCAUCCAGAGCGUUGCGCCGAGGAGAUCCUCGGCAACACUGA